GGAGCCAUGUGAACCACAUUUCACUGGUCCUCAAGUUAAAGUAGACUAUAUUCUGUCAUGUUUUUUACAUCCUGACUUCUAGCAGAGAAUGUACACAAGGAGAAACAAAUAACUAAUGAUAAACGAAAUAAAAUGGCUUUCGCAAACCUAUUUACCAGCCUGUCUGCUGUCAGUGGAGGAGACGACAGCCCUGCUCAACCAGCAUUUACUCACAGGGACGACACUGAGAAUGGUAAAAGAGGUAAUGCCAGAAAGACGAAAACCCAGUGUGGGCAGACUGGCCCUCAUAACAAGAAACAACGUUACCAGGUCCAGAAUACCAGGACUCAUAACUACAAGACCACACACAACCAGAUGCAAAAUACUGAGGAAGUUCUGCAUAACCACUGCAAUAAAGCCAGCCACAAUAACAUGAGUCACAAAGGUCACAACUACAAAACGCAACAUAACCACCAUGUGCACAAGCAACAACAGCAGAGAUCUAAAACAGAGGAGCAGAAGAAGCAGCAGCAGCAGCAGCAGCAGCAGCAGCAGAGAGAUAGACGGAGGCCUCCCAAUAGAGGCAGAAACCAUCAGAAUAGACCUACUUCAUGGAAAGAUGGAGGAGGCAGUAGAAAUAGAUAUGUCAAGCAGGACGUCCAAGUGAAUCACCCCAGGUUCAUGUCUCAAGAGUUCAAGGACCAGAACGCUCUGAUGGUGGAUGGACGUUUACUCUGUCGACAUUUCCUUUGGGGAAGGUGCAUCAAGGGUGAUGAAUGCCAACUGGAGCAUAUUAAUUGUUACAACAAUCUCAUCAAAGAAGCGUGCAAAUUUUACAUCCAGGGGUAUUGCACUAAGGGGGAGAGCUGUCCAUACAUGCACAAGACCUUCCCCUGUAAAUACUUCCAUGGAAAAGGAAAAUGUUCUCACGGGGCAGAUUGCAAGUUUUCCCACGAGCCACUUGAUGAUGUCACGAAACAACUGUUGGAUGAGGUAAUAAAAAAGGAGCUUUAUGAAGUUGCAAAGAAAGCUGAAGAAGAAUCCUCAGCACAGUCGGUGAAAACAGCGGAGCCAGAAAUGACAGAAGCAAAUGAAACCCCUGAUAUACUAAUACAGCCCCUCAGGUAA